CUCCCUCUCUCUCAUUCUCGCCAGUCAUACUUGAUCAUAUCUAACCUAACCUAACCCGACAUGAGAAAACGGGAUUCAUUACUUGCGGUACGUUUCUUUUCGCGGAAAUAUGUGGCUGGAGGAGUGUGACAGUUUCGCCGAGCUGUGUCGGGGAUAUUUGCCGUACUAUUUGCUAAUAGUCUUACCGAUCUUCAUUAUCAUUUCCCCGGUUAAUCCCGUGGCUGCCUCACACGAGUUCCCGGUGUAUCGUAUGCACCAGUACGAUCUGCACGGGAUUCCACACGGUUGCCGAAGUGCGCCCAUUUCCCUAGAGGCGAGAUCGUUGACCGGAUGGAGCACCUACAGGCAUUGUGUUAUCGCGAAAGCUCUAGAUAUCACACCGUCUGUCUUCCAGCUGGUCAAAAGCAAGGCUGGUGCAUUGGUGAUUGUCCUACCCGAGAAAAUAAAUGAACUUACAUCAGAGGAAUACCAGAAAAUUAUAACUCUGGAAGAGUCCAUGAUGCAUGGAUCUGAGACAAUGAUACCGGUAUACUUCGCAAAAUGGCAUCCAAAUCUCGAGAUAAUUCUGACCGACAUUAAUGACAGCUUUAUCACCGAUGAGAAAGCUGGUACUGCAGUGGAGGCGAUGUUCAAUUCGAUUUCCGCUAGCGGUUACCAGGUGGUGGUAGCCACUGCACAGGCGCUUCCUAAAACGGACGUUAAAGUUGUCACAUUACAUGGCAAACUGGCUGGAACUGGCGUCGAGGAGAAAUUGCCCACUAUUGCGAUAGUAACGCAUUACGAUAGCUUUGGUGUAGCACCUGAAUUGUCAUUUGGUGCGGACAGCAAUGCUUCCGGUAUAGCUAUGCUGUUGGAAUUAGCAAGAUUGUUCUCCGCUCUGUACUCCGCAGCUCGAUCAAGGCCGCAAUUCAAUCUUGUGUUUAUAGCAACUGGAGCGGGUAAAUUAAAUUAUCAAGGCAGUAAGAAGUGGCUUGAAGAUCAGUUAGAUGGAACUGAGGGCUCUGUUAUACAAGAUGCGGCUUACGUGAUAUGCCUUGACACAGUUUCUGCAAGCGACGAUCUAUUCAUGCAUGUGUCAAAGCCGCCUAAAGAGAAUUCGUCAGGUGGUCUUUUCUACAAAGAGCUUAAAGCGGUAUCGCAGUACCUGAAUAUCAGUAGCGUUGAAGGAGUGCAUAAAAAGAUAAAUCUCGCGGAAGAAAUACUUGCCUGGGAACACGAGAGAUAUAGCAUUCGGAGAUUACCGGCCGCGACCUUGUCCACAUUAAAGAGUCACGAAGAUCCGCUCAGAGCUACUAUAUUAGAUGUUAUUAAAGAAGGACAAGUAGAUAGAUUGUACAAACAUACUAAAAUCGUAUCAGAGGCAUUGGCGCGGCAUAUAUAUAACUUAAGUUCUAGUCAGAUCUUCACUGGUUCGCUGGAGGUAUCGAAAGAGUCUCUCGCGUUGUGGUUCAAUUAUUUUUCUUCUCAACCAAGAGCAGCGUCACUGUUGGUGGACAAAAAUAAUUUACUGAUCGGUACUUUGAAAGAAGCAAUGGCGAGAUACUUGGGAGAUGUUAAGGUUACUCUUCAUGUUCCCGAUAAGCGAGAUCCAGAAUUUGUAUUCUACGACGUUGCGAAAGCAAAUCUGAAUGUAUAUAGUGUAAAACCGGCUGUGUUUGAUCUCAUUUUAACUUUCGGAAUAACUUUGUACUUGGGAGUAUUGUACUUGAUAGUACACAAUUUUCCACACGCUUAUUCCUUAGCAACGAGACUCUCAACAAAGAGCAAGGCGGCUUAAAAUCUUAUUUAUGUACAAUUAAGUUGUGUUUUGGAACAUCAAUUUCCUGUUGAAUGUUUAACUUUGUGUUGUGAAGAGUUUGACAUGUUAGAGACAUGUAUUUCCUCCAAAGUAUAUAUAUAUAUAUCAUAAGUAUUCCAAAUAACUAUAUAUAUAUUGAUGCAUAUUUAGGGAUUCUUAUCGCAGACGAAAUAAUUUAUACAUGUUAUGAACCAAAUAUAUGUUCGUAUUUUUUA